AUGUCUCCCGUCAAUGCUUCUGCCGACUUCAUUCUGAAUUCCAUCAGUCUAGCUGAGAACACUCGCUAUGUAGCUGAGAUGGACUGUUUCGUGUCACUGGAAGAGGCCGAGCAACACCAGAACGCACUGGUUGAACUUUGGCAAGACACUGCCGUCGAAAAAGAGAAGUUGCUGGCAGCAAUGAGCGUUCUACAGCAAAAAACACGACGCAAAGAUAGCGUGACGGAGAGAACCCAUGAAGACCAGCGAUCAUAUACCUGGAAACAAGUCAUUACCGAAGUACAGACUGCUAGCGACUCUUACAAGAAGACCGUCUUCGCAAGAAUGUGCGAAAAGUCUGAUAUAUUUGAACAUUGGCUGGCGCUCUUGCCGGCUGGUGACUACACAUCUUCCAUUAGCGGUGCUUUCAUCUUGGGAGUCCAAGCGGCUCGUAAUAUAAGCGGCACCCAGCAGACGAUCUACGAAGCCCUAGCCACCAUACCAGAAACCUUGUCCCAUGCGAGCGCAUACGUGGAGAUAUACAAAGCUCACUCGAGUGAUACUUUGGUAAAGAAGACUGCUGAGCUUUGCAAAGAUAUCCUCGUGGUUUUGCGAGUCAUAGUUGAGUUCUUUGCCAAAAGCUCAUGGAGAAGAGGUGCCUCUGCGAUGAUGAAGGGAAGUGCGCAUCAACAGGAACUCACAGAUGCCAUCGAGGAGAUGAAGAACAAAGCCCUGCAAUUAAGAGAAGAGGCGAAUCUUUGCCUUCAACGAAGAAUUGCCGAGAUGGAUCAGAAAAGCGAUCUUCGCGCUUCUCGAGAAAAGGCUCGCCAUGAGCUCUCGAAAGAGGAACUACUGCUAGCCAUCGACUCUAGCACAGAGAUCACCGCGCAGAAAGUUUGCACAUAUCUCAUGCGUCAUUUGCAGGCGAAUCCAGAUUUCAACGUGAAGACUGGUGGCCGUAAGUCUCUACAUACGCAUUUUGGCAUGGCAGAUCGCUUACCUAGGAUAGUCGCUUCGAAUACCAAUACUCCUGCCCUGCUGACUGUAGGAGAAACCUCUCCCCCAAGGCCGUCCACUACCAUCGGUAACAGCAUCACCAUCAAAACUUUGUUGAGAACGCUUGAUAUCGACCUCAAGACCGUUCAAGACGAUACAGAGUACUGUCUAGCGUUGGGCUUUACUCAAAGCGAAGGCUUUCGCAAUCGAGCAUUGUGGGUGCUACAAUCAUCCGAGUUUGGUGAUUUCGUGGCCAGUGCGGACGAGUCGAAGCUUCUACUAGUCAAUGGUAACAACGACGCCGCGCAGUUCAUUUCACCGCUCUCGCACGUGUGUGCCAAAGUCACUGACCUGCUGAGUGUGUCGGACGAGAUCUUCUGUCUCAACUAUUUCUGCAGUCGUCACACAGAUCAAUGGCGUGAGCCACGAGCUGACGCGACGGGACUCAUUGCAAGUUUGACGGUUCAACUCUUGACUCAGGUCAAAAGACGAAAGAAAGCCCAGAGCCUCGAUUUAGACCUGUCGUUCUUGUCUUUUGAAGAUCAUUGUGCUGUGCAGGCUGGCGACAUAGAGGCGACAUUCGAUGUCUUCCAGGCCGUCGCGAAGCAGCUUCCCAAAGAUACCGUUGUCUUCUGCUUCAUUGAUGGUCUUUCGGCCUACGAGAACUCCGAUCGCAGAGAGAACACCACCAGGCUGAUGAAAAUGAUGCUCAAGUUGAUGAAGAGAUGCAGGAGCGUGGUCUUCAGAUGUAUGGUAACUUUCCCCGGAAGAGGUAGUUUCACCGAUGCUUGGAACGUGAAAUCGAUCGGAGGAAAGGCAGAAACGCUGGAGGUUCUCAUUGAUGGCUUGUAA